UGUUGCUGGGUGCGGGGACGGGCACUCUGACGGGUAGCCCCUGGGGUGACCGUGAGUCCCGCGGAGGACCGAGUUGCAGCACUGGCUUCGGGUGCCUCCCCGGGGGCACUGGGAGCUCGGGGCCGUUGAGGAAGCUCUGACUGCGCGCUUGAGAUACAGACUGAACUUCAAACAGGGCUAGACUACCGCCUGCGAACCAGAGACGACUUUUCAUUUGAGUGAACAGAAUCAUGGACUAAAAUAAAAGGGACUAUAUCUUGAUUGUGACAGCACAUAGGAGACAUCCAACACUGUUGGAGUAUUCUGGGGACAAUCUCCUGUGGUACCUCCCACUGGCUGAACCCAAGAGGAAGGCUAAGGGCAGGUGAGCCCAAAUGACACUGUCCUUGAAGGUCAGCCUCUGGAGAAAGGUGGUGAGUGGAUCUGCAGGGACAAAGGCAGAAUAUCUAGCAGCUCUAUUAUCAAGUCCUAAAUUUUGGAAUGAUUGUCUCCUCGGCACUAAUGAUCUGGAAGGGAUUAAUGGUCAUAACUGGAAGUGAAAGUCCAAUUGUAGUGGUGCUCAGUGGCAGCAUGGAACCUGCAUUUCAUAGAGGAGAUCUUCUCUUUCUAACAAAUCGAGUUGAAGAUCCCAUACGAGUGGGAGAAAUUGUUGUUUUCCGGAUAGAAGGGAGAGAGAUUCCUAUAGUUCACCGAGUCUUGAAGAUUCAUGAAAAGCAAAAUGGACAUAUCAAGUUUUUGACCAAAGGAGAUAAUAAUGCAGUUGAUGACCGAGGCCUCUAUAAACAAGGACAACAUUGGCUAGAGAAAAAAGAUGUUGUAGGGAGAGCGAGGGGAUUUGUUCCUUAUAUUGGGAUUGUGACGAUCCUCAUGAAUGACUAUCCUAAAUUUAAGUAUGCAGUACUCUUUCUGCUCGGUUUAUUUGUGCUGGUCCAUCGUGAGUAACAAAUCCGCCUUGCUGUUCCUGGAAGAUGCCGUCCUUUCUGUUACUGAAUGUUUGGAGUAGCUAUCGGUCUGUGAUUGGUGGAAUGGAGAACACACCGGUUGGCGCUUCUUGGUAGCACUGGUUUGCGUUAGUUUAUGUUUCCACGCCAGAAUGUGUGUGGGCUGGUGCACGUGCGCCACGGCGGGCACUCAAGGGGACUUUCAGUCACAGAAUUUCAUAUGUUGUCAUUGUCACACUUUCACAUUUUUGUACAUCAGUGAAUUUUUUAUAUUAAAAGAUUGAGCCAAAGCCCCCAGUGUUUGUAUUUUGAAGCCAAGCUUCACUUCUAAAGUGCCUACAGAGUUCUGUACAUGAAAAUGCAGCUCUACACGAGUUUAAAACCGUCAUUUCUCCUUAUAAUGGGAAUGGCAUAUACUGAGGUGAUCACAAGACUUAACUUUUCAAAAUUUUAAAUAAAAGACUUUGCAUAUUGAA